ACUCUGGGUGGUUCCUGGGGUCUGUCGCAAGCCGAGACCAAGUAUGACACCUUUGAGAAAGCCUUGUACAGCACGCAGCAGAAGGCUGAUGAAUCAAACGAUUCAUAUCUUGCCCGUCAUGACGUGCAUUUUGAGGAACUCAAGGCGCAGCAGACAACGUUUGAAGAGAUCAGAGCGUACGUCCUGUUACGGCAGUCUGGGCUGUCAGCAGAGGAUCGCAAAAAGAUCGUCAUCGAGUGUGGAGGUACACUCGACUACACCAGAAUCUGCCAGGCAGUUCGGCUCCUUGGAUCCCGAGUCUUUGGGGAUCUGCAAGGUCCAAAGUCAGGUCAUAGAUCCAAGGUCUACGAUGCCAAUCAUGUCGAUGACCAUGAGGAGAUCGAAAAGGAACCGAACAUGGCAGCAAUGAUGGCCUCUUCUUAUGAAGAGCCCGAGCCAGAGCUGGACAAUGACUUCAUUGAGGCCAUGGUGGCCGUCUCAGACGCUGAUGCUCUCCAGGUUCAAGGCUUCGAAGAUGAGCUAGAGAAUUUCUUUCAGGAAACUCCAGAGCUUCAGGAAGCACUUGUGAGCUACCUGGAGGCCCGUUCAAGGCUCUUGGCCAAGAAGAGGAACCGUGGUUUUUGGCCGUCUACAAGCUCAAGCUCCUCAUUCGGCAAGGGUGGCAAGGGUCGCUUCCCUAAAGGCAAAGGCAAGGGACGUGGCUCCAAGGAUGGCCGCGAACAACUUCUUGCGCGUAUCGCAAGGAGUACCUGCAAGGCCUGCGGAGAGCGUGGUCAUUGGAAGGCCGAAUGUCCGAAAUUCGGUAAGCCAGGGUCCAUGAGUCAUAGUGGCAACGCGAAGGGCGAGGCCACGACCACCGUAGCCGAGGAGAUUGAUCAGGAGAUCCUGGCCACCAAGGCCGAGGCAGCGAACGAAGAGGUGCUGGAAAUGCUUCCCGCGGAAUCCCUUAGUCUCGCCGAGGCCUGCUUUGCCCAUGCAACGGAAGCUCGGGAGAAGGUGCGCGUGACUCAGAGCAAGGCUCCGACUCUGGGCCAAAGGUUUGCUCGUUUGCAGACCGUGCCCGAGGGCUUCACUUUCGAGGAGCUCCAGCACCUGAGCACGUCCGAGCUGGGGAAAUUCAAGGUGGACUUUGGCAAGCACGCGGGUAUCACUUUCGAAGAGGCCGUGAACACCGAGCCUGGCUGGACCAAGUGGAUGAUCGAUCACAUGUCAACCUCCAACAAGCUGUCCCACAAAAGCUUUCUCCUGUACGUCGACCGUUUCGUCCAGGAGGGCGAGGCCAUGGAAAAAUACCUUCUGGAGUCCCAGCCAGAGACUCCCGAGGCUCAGAUGAUCAAGAAGAAGCUGGACCCUGCCAAGGACCUCUUGAAGCCCCCAGCCUCCGAGAACGGUCCCGUGCCCAACAUGUCAUCAGGAACCAGUUCCGGCGCGACAGCCACCGGUUCCAACGUCAACGAUGGCACUGUGAUCAAUGCCCGCGUGGACGAGCUCUCAAGCCGCAUGUCGAACAUCGAGGUGGUGCUCAAUCAGAUUGUGCAAGCCAUGCAAGAGUUGAAUCUCCAAGCCGGGCAGCAGUAG